GAUAAACAUGGUGAACAAAUCCACAAAGUAAUAGAGAGAUAUUCCAGUGGGAUGGUUGGAAAUGUUGGCGGAUUACCUCCAUUAAAGCAACAAUCUCACAAGGUAUCGAUAGAUGAAUACCGAAAUCUAUUCAAUGUGGUGGAUCUUAGAAUGCUAACCAAGGUACAACUCCGGAUGACCAACCUCUGUUAUCAGGUGAGAGGACAGAAAUUUGCUAAAGGAUCUCUUCCUACUAAAGGCUGCCCAGUAUUCGAAUGGAUCAAGCUUUAGCAAAUAUGCAGAACCCUCUAGGGCCCGUGAUUUCCCAAGAUACCGCUAUGGAAGAUGCAGUUAAUCUAGAAGGUUCAAUGUCAAAAGAGAAUAUACCUCAGAAUAUGGUGAUAUACGAAGAAAAUACAAUUGGUAAAAAAGUUCAAGAGUCAGUUAAUAAUGAGGUGGAAGAUCUAAUUGCCAAUAAUUACCGAACCGAAACAGUGAAAUCAGUUGAUGAUACUGUCCUGGACGUAAUUGAGGAGAGUAUCCCACCUAAGUCGCAACUAGAGGUAUAUGAUUCAACUCAUGAUCAAUUAGCUCAAAGAAAUUCUUCCUUAGAUCUAAUCACGCAAACAGGAAACUUGCAAUUAACACCUGCUCAGUCUACAGUCUACUGAAAGAAGUAAGUGGAGACAACGCAAGGCGUUGAAAUCUAAAUAGAGACUGGCCAGUAGACAGAGACUUAAGCAGGAAGAAAGGCAAAUGAUCAAGCGUGAUAAGAUUUUAGAAGUUGUUCUCAUUAUACAGAUUU